AACGAAUUUGUGGAAUGUGGACGUCAUGAAAACUGGACCUUCACAAAAUAACGUCAUAGCACAUUUGCGCAAUUGUCUUAAACAAGGUCAUGCAUAUCACUUGAAAUGGAACGUAAUUUAUUAGUGACGUUUAAAAAAAAAAUCGAGAAAUAGUGGAGCGUGCACAGAAGCAUUUCCGGUUACUGGCGCACGCGCUCGUGUGUUGCCAAUGGCAACAGACUACAAACGUUAAAAACAAGCUCCAGUCAUGAGUUCGCCUUUGUCGUUACUAAAGAAAACGAGGCGCACUCCGCUUCAGUGUGAAGAAAGUACCAGACGGGGCCAAAGGGAGAAUCUGUCAACAGAAAGGCCCUCAGAGGACUUCCUGGCCGGAAAAAGGUUCCCCACCCCAGUGUUAAGCUGUGAAAAGUCAGGCGCUGCGCCAGGUGACGUUGAGCUGAUGUCUUCCAUGGCGCAGCGGCUGACCUUGCUUGAGAGGAUGGUCACAAGCCAAAAAGAGGAGAUAGCACGCAAGGACAAUGUUAUUUCACUUUUGAGGGAGAAACUGAAAGCUAAGGAAGACUCAGAGAGUGGCCAUGUGGAGAGUUGCAGUCAUCUUGAAGGAAGGUGCAAACAGCUGCAACACCAAGUGGAUGACAUGGAGAGCUUCCUGAAUGACUAUGGUUUGAUCUGGGUGGGAGACAAGAAGCUCAGUAAUGCGCCACAGCAAACAAGCACUUCUGUUGUGCGGGAUUUCCGCAUGGACUUUGACCUCGUGGUACAGAUGAUCAAGGAGCUGAACGUCCUCGCAGGGGAACCCUUUGUACGGUCCACACCCACGGGGGCGCAGUUGGCACGAAACGAUCCCGUGCAACUGAAGCUCUACAGCAAUGGCAUUGUCAUGUUCAACGGACCUUUCCGCUCCUACCAGGAAAACAGUACCCAGCAAUGCAUGCAGGAUCUGAUGGAGGGUUAUUUCCCAUCUGAGCUUCAAGGCAGAUUUCCAGAUGGUGUACCUUUUGAGGUCCAUGACAGACGAGAAGAGGAAUUUGUCCUCAGAGCACCAUGUGAUAAAUUUCCUGGUAAGGGACAGGCUGUGCGAGAGAAAAAAGAGGAAUGUUCAAUCAAAGUCAGCUUGCAAUUUCCUGGUAAGAGAUUAAGAACAAACCAGUUCCUGAACAGGCUGCCAAAGGUUAUGGUGAAGGCGGGUCGAGUGAUUGACAUCAGGGACUCCGUAUGGACAACCUUGCAUGUUUGAACAGCCACAUUCCAAGAGUUGGGCCCGUCCGUGCACAGGUCCUACCUGUAACUGUCCUGCUCAUUUCCCCCUCCCCC